AUGGAUGGAGAUAUGAGUGAAAUUACACCGUUACUGGAAAGCAGCACGUCUGUAAGUAAAUCGAAAUCGACGGUUGAUGUGUCAGUGGAGGAAGUAGAAGAAGCUACUAACGACGAGGUUUUCGAUGUCAAAGAACUCUCAAAGUGGGAUACACGGAAGACGUAUUUUAUUUGGCUCUUGGUAUGUUUUUCUACAGGGCCUACGGCUGCGAUGAUGCGGGCGUACGUGCCUGCGAUCAUUCAAACGACAGCACAUAGAUUAGGACACCCGAAGGGCUCUAGUGGGCCAUGUGCUCUGAGAGGAGACGAUUGCUAUGUUAGAUUUGGGUUCGGUGAAGUGCAAUACACUUCUUAUUCGCUAUAUUUGAAGGCGAUAUAUACAUCGCUUGAAGGGGUCCUUGCGAUUUUGUUGAUGGCGUUUGCCGAUUAUUCGGACUAUAGAAAGUGGUUGAUGGUUGGCGCAACGGCUUUCUAUGGGGUAUUUGCGAUACCUUUUUUUUGGUUAGCAGAUACAGAACAUUACGGCACGUUGGUUCAGCAGUCUGUGCUCUACUGUUUGAUGCUUUGCUUCAGUACGGUAUAUCAAAUCACAGAGAGCUCAUACAUACCUGUGUUUAUGAAUGCAAGGCGUGUGUCGUUGCGGACUGGCGAUGAUGACAACAACAAGCCGCAGCAGGGCGCUGUUAUAUCGCGUGGUCUUAACGUGAGUACGUGGGGGCUUGUUGUUGGGAAUAUAGGCGGUCUUUUAGCCUCGUUGGUUGGUGUUAUAAUCACACAUGUGAAUAACAAGCCAGAUGGUAAAGACUUCUUGUUGGCAGUAACUAUAGCUGGUAUCGUUACGGCUGUGAUAUCAUUUAUAUGCGCGGGUUUGGUGCCUAGUUUAAAGGGUAAAGAAAUCGAAAUCAAGGGCUUUAAGAAUUUGCUGUUAGCGCCAAUCGUUAGGUUCAAAAAGAUUCUCAGCGAUUUAAUAGAAUACAAAGAAGCUUUGAAAUUCUGUGUUGCUUGGGUGAUCUGGAACGUUGCGUACUCCAACUUUCUUGCUGUGUUUGGUUUAUUAUUCAGGUCUACUCUUGGUAUCGGUUCUUCUGAUGCUGAAUUUACGGUUUGGCAAUUUACCAAUCUAAUUAUUGCGUGCGUAGGACCACUCUUUUGGACGUACGUUUACUCACGCAAAUGCUAUAAUAUGCCCAGUACGUAUAGUACACUCUAUAUGAAAAGAUCUUUGUGUGCAAUGUUGACAAUUGGGAUGCUUGCCAACUUUUGGGGGUGCUUGGGAGCGAACUCUAAUAGUAAAGUAGGAUUUAAGAACCGUUGGGAAUUUUGGACGUUCCAAAUUUUAUUUGUCGGUACCAGUACUGGAAUAAGAAUGAUCAAUCGGGUUAUUUAUAGCGCUGUCCUACCUCUAGGAAAGGAGAAUCAAUAUUUUGGUUUCGAAAUUAUGCUUGGUUUAUGCACCGGUUGGUCGGAAUCGUUAUUUGUUGCCCUUAUUCAAGACAAAACCGGGAACUCAAGGAUGCCAUUCAUACCCAAUACCGUCUUGUACUUAGUUGCGUUGGUUAUUUUAAUAUACGUCGACAUCGAAGCUGGGAUGAAAAAGGUCAAGAAGUGGUAUUAA